AUGCUGCUGCUGCUUCUGACGUUUCAACUUGCCACUCUCCUCUUAGCCCACGGUCAAAAUGCCUGCAUCGGACACUCCACGUUCAGAAGUCCAGCUAACUCAGACAUCGAGGUCUCCUGUGGCUCUCAGACCGUCGACCUCCAGAUCCUCCUCUGUCCCGUCUAUUUUAACGGCUACAACGAGUCCCUGCUGUCCCUGAACUCAGAGCACUCCAAACACCAGUGUAAAGGGGUCGCUGACUGGACCGCUGACCCUCCUGUGGUCAAAUUCAACUUCUCCAUCACAGAGGAGGGCAUCUCUGCCUGCUCCAGCAAGCUCACAGUCACCCAGGAGGUGGGGACUGGGCAGUUCGCAGACUUCUCCAACGUCCAGUACAUCAACAUCUCCGGCAUGGUGUGCUCCAAGGACCCCAGCACGGGGGCCAUCACCUACCACCAAGAGGUGAUGUACCAGUUCUCCUGCCGCUACCCGCUGCAGUACCUGGUCAACAACACUCAGAUGAGCGUGUCUUCUGUCAACCUGGCGGUCAAAGACACUAACGGCAGCUUCAUCAGCACGCUGAGCAUGGGGAUGUACUCGGAUGAAAACUACUCCAGAAGUCUGCAGAUCCCUCCAGGAGGCCUGCAGCUGAAGACCAGGAUCUAUGUAGAAGUGAAAGCAUCGAACCUCACCAACAGGUUUAACGUGCUCCUUGACCGAUGUUACGCCACUGCCUCACCUUUCCCCCUCAAUACCACCUUCUAUGAUCUCUUUGUCGGCUGUAACCGUGACGGUCAGACGAUGAUUGGAGUCAACGGAGAGCAGCAAGAAGCGCGCUUCUCCUUCGAGGCGUUCCGCUUCAUUCAGAGCCUAGAGGAAACCCUCUCCACCUACUACGUCCACUGUGCCACCAGGCUGUGUGUGAGCUCCUUCUGCCCGAGCCUCGUCCAGAACUGCACCAGCACCACCUCAAGAAGACGCCGCAGUGCCAGGAAUGACCAGGGCACCACCGUGAGCGACAUGGCCACCAUCACCUCAGGCCCCAUCACCACCCGUGUGGACCGUGUCAACCCCUGGGAGACAGGCCAGGCUCAUCUCAACAGCACGGUGGUGGCUGUUUCAGUGGUAGCCGGUAUUGUUGGAGUCAUCUGCCUCACACUGGUGGCUUUCAUCGUUUACCACAUGUACAACUCCAACUUCAGCUUCAACAAGACCAUCCUGAGAGGCUGA